UGUAACUGUCCUCGCGCAGGCUGGAGCUCAUGUUACACCCCAAAAAGUGGAACUAGGAACCGUCUCAUCUUCAAAUAACAACGAGCUGGUUUAUAUAAAAGGGAGCGGACCACCUUAUCCAGAGGUUGGUGGUGAGAAAUAAACCGGAGAAGUGAGCGUCGUGGGAGGGCGGGCCACCUGUGACGGCAAAUGAGUGGGGAAGAGGCUCGAGUCAAUGCCACUGUUAGUACUGUGUGUCGCUCAGAGGGUGUUUGUGUGUUUGACAGUGUGUUUCGGCGUGUAAAGUCCACUUGGAUUAUCUUGAGCUCAAGGAAACCUACAUAUCUUUAUCUUUGAGGAAACUGUACGUGAUUCAGGUUUCUUUCAAGAGGCUGCCUGCUUGCCUGCUACUGCCAGUGAGUGGGUGUGUGUGAGUCGUGGGGUGAAUAUGUUUGUGUGAGCGCCUUUUGCAUGUGUGUACACCCCGGCUGGAGAGUGUGUGUCCCAUGAGACGCUCGUCGGAGAUGCAGGGAGCUCGGUGCUCUGCGGUGCGGCUCCUGCUGCUGAGCUGCUGUGUGUGUGCGGCAGCCGGCUACCCAUUCAGAACACCCUGGACUGACGUGACUCCACGCAUCACCGUGUUGAGCGGCGGUCUCCAGGGCUGCAGACGUUUCCACUCCUCUGCAGUCAACUACAGUACCAUGAUGCUGGAGGCUGACAGUGAGCGUCUCUACGUCGGGGCCCGGGGGGCUGUAUUCGCUCUCAAUGCCUCUGACAUUUCAGCCAACUCGCCUCUCACUAUUGAGUGGGAAGCCUCCCCCGAGCAAAAACGUCAGUGUCUGCUCAAGGGAAAAGACAAUAAGACGGAGUGUUUUAAUCACAUCCGCUUCCUCCAGAGGUUCAACUCAACUCAUCUCUACAUGUGUGGGACUCAUGCAUUCAGACCCCUCUGUGCAUACAUAGACGAGGAGAGGUUUGUUAUGUCUCCACCUGAAGAAGGCAGAGACAAAUGUCCCUACUGCCCGACAACAGGCUACACUGCCCUCAUCGUCGACCAGCAGAUGUAUACAGCUUCCCAGUACGAGUUUAGGAGCUUUCCAGACAUCCGCCGCAACUCUCCGUUCCCCACGCUGAAGACAGAAGAUGCCCCUACACGCUGGCUGAAUGAGGCAGAAUUCGUGGGCUCGGCGCUGGUGAGGGAGAGUUUGGGCAGCAACACCGGUGACGAUGAUAAGAUCUAUUACUUUUUCACUGAAAGUAGCCAGGAGCAGACGACAACUUACAGCCACAGCCGGGUGGCACGAGUGGCUCGUGUUUGUAAGGGCGACCGGGGAGGCCGUUUAACUCUCCAGAAGCGGUGGACGUCCUUCCUCAAGGCCAGGCUGACAUGUUCUCUGCCCGUGUACGACUUCCACUUAAACAUGCUGAGCAUCGUGUUUGUCACACCUGGCCUCAUGCCGCAGGACACGCUCUUCUACGGCAUCUUCGGCCUGGAGUGGAAAAACGUUAAGGCGUCUGCGGUGUGUCGGUUCUCUCUGUCUGAAGUCCAAGAGACCUUUCAAGGACCCUACAUGGAAAACCAGGACUCUGGCUCUAAGUGGAAGGAGUACACUGGAAAGAUCCCUGACCCCCGACCUGGAACGUGUAUAACUAAAGCUCUGAGGGCCAGGGGCAUAAACGUCUCCACCUCCCUGCCCGAUGAUGUGCUGAACUUUGUCAGGAGGCAUCCUCUGAUGUCCCAGCAGGUCCAGCCUUCAGACAGACGCCCCCUUUUGUUCAGGCGGACCACAGACUACACACACAUGGCCGUACACUUGAUUCAAGGCUUAGAUGGACGAACAUACCAUGUGUUAUACAUGGGCACAGAUGAAGGCUGGUUACAUAAAGCUGUAGAAAUCGAGGGUCAGCUGCACAUUAUCGAGGAGCUUCAACUCUUUGAGGAACCCCAGCCUGUUGACAGCCUGCUGCUAUCUGCAAAACAGAUGAGCGUGUACGUGGGCUCUCCAUCAGGUGUGGUACAGCUUCCCCUCUCUAACUGUCGCAGAUACACCUCCUGCUAUGACUGCAUCUUUGCCAGGGACCCUCACUGUGCCUGGAAUGGAGCCCAGUGUGUGGACGUAAUGGCACAAGCAGACAGAUCCACUUUAAUUCAAGACAUCCAGCAAGGCAGCAGAGGAUGUGAAAACACACAAGACGAUGUUGUGAUGCGGAGCCGCUCUGUGCGUGUGGGUGAUGACGUGCUGCUGCAGUGUGAGCUCAGCUCCAACCUGGCGACGCCCCUCUGGACUCUGGAUGGCAGCGAGCUGCAGGGCUACGGCCUCAACUCCGGCUUCAGAACUGGUACAGAUGGCCUGCUGAUCAUCGAGGCCCGGCAGGACCAGAGUGGGCUGUACACCUGCUACGCUGUGGAGAACAACAUCAAAGUCGCCAUAGUUACCUACAAUGUCACUAUCCGCCUGGACCUGCCCCCUCCUCCACCCGUUGAGCCAACGGAAGACCCCUACAGUUUCUUUGCUACUCUGCCAGCACCCACUGAGCGUCCCUCCUCUGAGAGGCCCCUGCCACCGCCCCCGGCUCCUCCUUCCUCAGAGCUGCUGUCCCCGAGGAAUAUGGAGGCCAUGUACUUGUCCCUCAUCACCAUCCUCGGAGGCCUGUGUGUGGUCCUCACUGUGGUCCUUGUCUAUGUGGGCUUCUGCCUACGAGUGGGCAACAGAGGGAAGUACUCAUUACGAGCUGCAGCUUCUGUCUACCCGAACAGUAAGAGACACAGCAGGAAUAGAAAACCGCACAGGAACUCCACCCACAUGGAGCUGAAGACCAUCUCAAGCCACUGUAAUGGCAACGGCAUUUGUAACGGAGGUUCAAAGCAGCAUAAUGGCAACAUCCAGGAUGGAGGCUUCCUCCAGAUUGUCCCAGGUGAGGGUCACCCAUCACCCAAUAAGGAGCCUCCUCCCCCAGCCCCUCCUCUCCCACCAACCCCACAGCAUCCCUCUACAGAGUGUGACUUCCCCAACGGGCUGUCGGCCACGCUGCCCAGCGUCUUAAGGAGGAUGAAUGGCAACAGCUAUGUGCUGCUGCGGCAGAGCGAGUCUGAAAGCACGUCACCGCUCUGUUACUCCUUUGCCGAGGAGCUCAACAGGAUUUUAGAGAAGAGGAAACACACUCAGCUGCUGCCCAGGCCAGACGAGAGCUCUGUGUAGAGACGCGGCUCCCCCUGUGGUGGGAGGACUGCUGUGUUCUUACCUGGUGCUGAAGUGCCUGUCAUAUGACUCAUUAUUGUUGAGGACUAAAACAAUAAGAGAGUCUGAACUAAAUUCUUUGGAUUUCUUCUCUUUCUUUCUUUUUUUACAAAUCCAUGAUGAGGCGUUCAUUCUUUUUGCACCUGUGAGCUGCUUGUCAACCUUAAUUCCCAAACACAUAACAAGUGAGAAUGAGAAAUGCCAGUGAAGGACAGAGCAUGACAUGGAAAGAAAGUGUAAUCUACCUCACCUCAAUACUGCCCAGGAGGACUUCUGCAGUCAGUCUGUAGUCUGAUCCGAGUAUCAGGGCUGAGAUCUCAGCUGCAGAGAGCUCCCUGAUCCACAAAGCAAAAGACACAGACUCCAUCGAGGAGCGGAGCCCCAUGGGAACAUAAAUACAUGUGAAGACUUCUGCCGUGUGGUGGCCGUAUUUGGCUCGGUCCAAACUGGAGGGCAGCUAGCCAAAGUUUGUUUGCACUGACAAGUGCGCAGAUGGCCUAUGCAUUUUUAAAACAUGACAUUCACACUUUAUAAAUAUUGAGGGAGAUGGACAUGGAGAGUGAAGGAAUUUGGUUUGCAGGUUCUCACUUUUCAUACUGACUUAACCAGUUGCAAUAACCAACACAAAAUAAUAUUCAACUCAUGACAGCUCACUUUACACCAGCCAUCUUUAAGAAAUGGUGAACUAAUCAUUAUUUAAUAUUACUAACCAUAUAUUUGUUUUAGGAUUUCUGAAUUCAUUACCUUGUUUUAUAUCAAUCAUUAAUGACACAUUUAAUUAUUAAUCAAUGACAAUAUUAAUAAUUCAAAUAGUCAUUUAAAUGUGGUGUUAAAAUAAUAAGAAAUUAAAUCAAUAACCCCUGACUGCCACAGUUAAUGAUUUGUUG